UUUGAGAGUUAUCGUACAUUAAAUAAAAGGAUAUGGCUCGAAGUUGUGGUGAAGAAAGAAUGCACAGAUAAUUUAAGCCUUUGUCAGAAUUCAUUCUUUGCCUCAGGGGAUUGUUCACACUGCCAGCCAUGGACCCAUCAUUGCGAAAAGAACGUGAGGCCUUUUUGAAGAAGGCAAAGUCACAGCCAGCAGUUGAAAAAAGGAAACUCAAACCAAGCAGUAAUGAAAAUACAAGCAAAAAACCCAAGCUGAGCAAGCCAGCAGCUCCCAAAGCAUCAAUUGAUUACAAGACCGCACAAGGCAGCUCUCAGUAUCGCUUUAGUGUCCUGGCUCGGAUUGUCAAACACAUGAAGACUCGACAUCAAGAUGGUGAUACAGAGCCCUUACUGCUGGAAGAAAUUCUUGAUGAAACUAAUCAGCUGGAUGUGACAAAUUCCAUUCGUCACUGGUUAGCCACUGAGGCUUUGCUUGAUAACCCAAAGAUUGAAGUGAUAAACAACAGUGAUGGGCAGAAAUUUGCUUUCAGACCAAAGCUAGAUAUUCGUGACCGCAAAGGACUUCUUCGGUUACUAAAAAGCCAUGAUUCACAAGGAAAGGGAGGAAUCAUGAUGGAGGAUGUUGAGGAAUCAUUGCCUAAUGCUGAGAAAGCUGUAAAGUCCAUGGGGGACUAUGUCUUGACAGUAACAAGGCCUACAGAUAAGAAAAAAAUUCUUUUCUUCAAUGACAGGAUUCUGAAGUGUGAAAUAGAUGAAGAGUUUCAAAAGUAUUGGCGGAGUGUUGCUGUGGAAGGAUUAGAUGAAGCCAAGAUUGAAGAGUAUCUCACACGCAACGGUAUCUCCUCCAUGCAAGAUGCAGGAGUUCGCAAGGUUAUGGCUGUACCAAAGAGGAAGAAGGGUGGAGUUAAGAAAAAUCGCCAGUUUAAGCGACACAACGAACAUCUGAGCGAUGUGCUCAAAGACUAUUCAGAAUUCUCCAAGACAUAAUGAUAAACAUGAGGAUGCUGUGGGUGUGUUUGUUAUUUAAUGUCUUGCAUGGAGCAGAUUAAUCUGUCCUUGUAAUUUCCCAUGUUUACUGCAUUCAGGUCAGAGUUCGUACAAUGUUUGUGGACAGCUUUGAGUUUUGUCUUUUACAUCAGAACAAUGUAAAUAAUUGAUUUAUUUUUAGAUAUAUGUGCACACAAGUUUUCAUGCUCAUUCAAGUUUUAACUCUGAUGAAUUCACUCAACCUGUUUUGUCCAAGCAAGCCUCACCAAGUAAAAAAAUCCUACUUCACCACUAAGAUCUCCCAAAGGGAUUGUUUCACCUUAAGAAAUGCUCAUUCGGUAAACUUUACAAGGGAAUAGAAGGUCGUCUUUCCCUUCCCCACUUCUAGUAGUGUGUGUGGGUGAGUGUGUGCAUAAGAAUAUAAAAUUUUUUUUUGUUGCAGUGGCUUUUUAAAGAAUGACUUGCAUCUCGUUUUGAGAGAAUAGUAAUAGAGAGAGAGAAACAUGUAUAAGUUAUCAUUUUUCUGUCAUUGUCAAUGGCACUUAGUGCAGUUAUUCUGACCGUGACAUCUCUUCCCCUACUCAAUGUCCUCUUCUUAGACUGCCUUUCUACAUUUGAUAGAUUUACAAAUUAUAUUCCUUGGAAAAUAUGUGAGGUUUGUGGUCACUUUGUCAAUGGAAGUAGGCGUAAUAGCCUUAUCAGAUUCGUAGCUAAUAUUUGGAACGAUCUUUCCUUGGCGAGUAUUCGUGGUUGAUCACUCCUCCUUAACGGCGGUUCCUUAACAGGCAUCUUUAGUGUGACAGGGUGAGCGUGCGGUUUCUUGUGACUGGACUGUAGUUUGGAUAUCCUGAGACAUUCUAGUUCCUGUUUAAGUAGUCAUUUGAGAUAACGAUAUAGGAUAUCAUCUUUCACUCUGAAGGAGAUGUUGCCGAGCAAAGCAGCUUUUGUGUAGUAGGGGGACUAUGGUGUUAUCGUCCUUAGGUUGGUUCUCUUGGUAAUGCCGUUUGCUGGCGAGAAUUCCCCAGUGUUAUGGAAAGUUGGUUCGCAGCGUUGAUUUGUAUUCCCAUGUUGACUAUGGCCUAUGUUCUGAAGUAGAGGUAGCUUUCGGUAUCCCUUGGAAGUUGCCUAAAACGGCAUCGAUAACAGGCCGUUGAGUGAUGCAGCCUGUAAGUGCAAAGGAAGGGCUGUUAACUUUUAGCCGGGCCUAUUGACAGAUUCCCUGUGUCCACUGAAGAGUGUAAAUAGGCUUUUUCCCCUGCAAGACAGAUCACUUGGAGAUAACCAUGUCCAGUAUUCGUGCAAGUCACCGCCUACGCGUGCCUUCUGUCAAUGACAGCCAUUUGCCUCCCCCUCCUGCUUUGUCACAGGGAUGCCAGUGUUUCUCUCUAAACUAUCACAAAAAUGGAAACGCAAGACACACAUGUGAACUCGUUAAGUCAGUGUGUAUCGUGUACUCAUCACUGAUUUGUUCACGAUAAAAUUUUGGGUAUUGUUUUUAAA